AGGCUCAGGCAGCUCAGACCACUGUGUUCUGUUCACAAUUUCCAGCUCAUUCUUUGCAAUCACUACUUUUCUUUGAGAUUAAGUGAAAAAACGUUUUGCAUUCUUCUACAGCAGAAAAAGAGACUCACCAACACUUCAAUAACCUUUAUUUGUUCUAUAUUACUACACCAUCAUGUCUAGUGGGGGGCUGAAGAACAGAAAUGCUGAAACGCUGGAGGAUGUCAACACAGUCACAAAAGAGCUCAAGUUUCUUUACAAUAAGAGGCUGCUUCCCAUAGAAAAGCAAUAUGGCUUCCAACACUUUCACUCUCCCAGCUUUGAAGAUGCAGAUUUUGACAACAAACCGAUGGUGCUGGUGAUGGGUCAGUACUCCACAGGAAAGACUACUUUUAUCAGAUAUCUCCUUGAGCAAGACUUUCCAGGUAGUCGUGUUGGUCCAGAGCCCACCACAGACAGCUUCACUGCCAUCAUGCAUGGGGAGGUAGAAGAACUGAUCCCAGGCAAUGCUCUGUCAGUAGACCCCAAAAAGCCCUUUCGCCACCUUAACUCAUUUGGAAACACCUUCCUUAACAGGUUCCAGUGUGCCCUGCUGCCAAAUCAGGUCCUGGAGAGUAUCAGCAUUAUUGACACACCAGGCAUCUUAACUUCGGCUAAGAGGAGAAUGAGUCGAGGAUAUGAUUUCCCAGCAGUGCUGCGCUGGUUUGCAGAACGUGUGGACCGCAUCAUCCUUCUGUUUGAUGCACAUAAACUGGAGUUCUCUGAUGAGCUCACGCGUGCCUUUGGGGCUCUGCGUGGCUAUGAAGACAAGUUGCGUGUGGUACUGAAUAAAGCAGACCGGGUGGACUCUCAACAGUUAAUGCGAGUGUAUGGUGCUCUCAUGUGGUCACUGGGAAAGGUGUUUCGAACCCCUGAAAUACUCCGGGUUUACAUUGGCUCCCUCUGGUCACAGCCACGUCUGUUGUCUGACCACUGUCAACUGCUGGAGCUUGAGGAACUGGAUCUUUUGGCAGACAUCCGGAACCUGCCUCGAAAUGCUGCUGUACGGAAACUCAAUGACCUAGUUAAGAGGGCACGCCUAGUUAGGGCCCAUGCACAUAUCAUUAGCCAUCUCAAGCAGGAGAUGCCCACAGUUUUCUGCAAGGAGAGCAAGAAGCAUAACCUGAUCUAUGAGCUUCCUCUCAUCUUCUCCAAGAUUCAACAGCAACAGCGAGUGCCAGCUGGUGACUUCCCUGACUGUGCCAAGAUGCAGGAACGGCUUAUGGGUCAAGAUUUCACAAAGUUCAAGACACUCAAGCCUAGCCUAAUGGCUUCCUUGGACAAGUUACUGUCCACUGACAUUGCGAAGCUGAUGCCUUUACUACAUCAACAGGAUCUGAGGAAGGCUUCCCUGCCAGGGAUACCGGAUGGAACCUUCUUUGAAACUGGCAGGUCUCUCAAGGGGGAUCCCUUUGAGCAAGUUACAAAGAGUGGAGAAAGCAGGGAAAUACAGAAUGAUGAGUGGGUGGUGACAAAAGAUAAACAAAAAUAUGAUGAGAUAUUCUACAAUCUCUGUCCAAAUGAGGGCAAACUGAGCGGCACUAAGGCCAAGGAGUGGAUGGUCAGCACCCACCUGCCAAACUCGGUACUUGGCCAUAUCUGGAGGCUGUCUGACGUGGACUGUGAUGGCAUGCUGGAUGAUGAGGAGUUUGCCCUAGCCAUCCACCUCAUUGAGGCCAAACUCGAGGGCCAUGGGCUCCCUGGAGAGCUGCCUGCCCACCUGGUCCCACCUUCAAAACGUUUGCAUAAAGGAUUAGAUGUUUAGGUCCUUUUUGUGUAAUCCCCUAUAAAUCCUCUCUCAUAACAAAACAUGCUUUUACAUUUCUCUUUGAUAAUCGUGAUAACUUUGUAAUCUACCAUUAACCAAAACAACUAGAAGGCACAAUAAUGAAGAAUUGAUGGUUGAUUAUUUACCGAUUUCAUAAUGGUCAGGAGCGGUGAAUCAAAGGUUGCUGCAGUAAGACAGCCAUGUGACAUUUAGUGUAGCCUUUACAGAAUUACAUUACAAUAAAUAUUGAUCAGAUUUUUGUUUAGCUUAGUCUGGCAGGUUGAGCAGGUCGGUUGGACAGGAGCCUAUGAUGGGCUGGGCAAAGCAAAACUAGAGAACGUCUAAUAAUGCAGUCAAAUAAAACAACCCUUUUGAAUGAAGAGAAAUAAUAAAACAAAACCUUUGUUCCUAGAAAAGAUGACUGGACAGGAUAGGUUUCAAACAACUUGGUCCUGUCAGGCCACCCACUGAUCUCCCCUGGGAAAGCACAAUCCUGGCGGGAUUUCCCUUCCAUAUAAUAUACUGUCUACAAACACUACAGUAUUUAUAUUCUGGAUCCUGGUUCACUCCAAUAGAUCUACCGCUGGAUUGUGAAUUGGACUCGUUCUGUCAUUUCUUGAUUUCUAGAUUUCUUGUUUUGAUUAUUUGUAUAUUUGUAUUGUAUUUGCGAUACAUUCUACUGAACUGUUGGAGCUAGUGUCAUAAGCAUUUCGCUACACCUGCUAUAACAUCUGCAAAUCUGUGUAUGCGACCAAUAAACU